ACAACCGGCAAAUGUAAACAGACCGACAUACAUAAAUAUUUUUAAAGACUUCAAAUGACCAACUUCCAGUAGGAAAUCAACCUGAAAUUAUAAUAAAAGGAUUGCAACCGUUAAACAAAUUGGUUUCAUAAAAAAAAACGUGUCAAAAAUGCAGCAUAUCACGCCCAAGGAUCAGCAAUCGCACUUAGUAAUUGUCGACACCAGUACAUCUAAUAUCGAAGAGGGUAAGAUAGCUUGUCGUGGUAGACCGAAAAAGCUUGGCAAGCCGAAAAUUUCGCAGGCCAUUGUUGCAACUGGCAAAGGACGUGGUCGCCCUAAAAAACCUGCUAACUCCGCUGACGAAAUAGGAAAUGACGAACUUGCGAAACGUGAUACUGUGGAACGACCAUCAUUACCUCUUCGUCAAUCAAAAUCUGGUACUAGUGUUGAAGGACGUGGGCGCCCAAGAAAGCCGAGAGUCUGCAGUGAUAGUGAAAAUUCAUCCUACGAUGAAAAACCAGAUUACGAAGAACGUCGUCCAGUAGGCAGACCGUCCACUGGCGCUGUAAAUCUAAAUAUUGUGCGUACGGGUCGGGGACAGGGCCGGCCAAGAAAAUCAAUUCAGUCCAAUCGUCCUAAUGCUGUACCACCAAAUGCAAUUGACAGUCAACCUGCUAGAAAACGUGGACGACCAUACAAAGGUGGAGUGCCGUAUGAGCAUACAGGUAAACCUCGUGGGCGACCGAAGGCAAAUAAGCAUAAUAGUUGUGAGAAGGUGCAAGGAGAAAGCCACCAGAGUGACGUCGAAGUAGAAAUGGAGACCAAAGAUCAGGACAACAAAACUUUACUGCAGAAUGAAGCGGGCAGCUAAAAAAGGCUUAAAGAUUAAUAUAUGUACAUAAAUAAAUAAACAUUAAUGUUUCUUACUAGGUGAUAAGCAGGGAACGGAUUUUUAGGACCCAAACCCCUAUAAAAAGUCAAAAUAGGAUAGAAAUGGCAAAAGAAAAUAUCGAAAUUGGCAGGAAUAGAAGUCGAAACAAUGGCAAUAGAAGGCACUAAAGAAGACAAGCACCGAAAAAUAAUCAAAAAAUACAUA